GUUUGAUGAUUCUUGAGCAAGUAACAAUAGUUUGAGUUGUUUUUGUCCACAUCAGUAAUCCUUUCCAGUUGUCCUAUCACGAUGGGGAAGAAGAAGCGACAGUUUAUUGACAAAAAGAAUGCCCAUUCUUAUCGGGUGGUGCAUAGAAGCCAGAAAGAUCCGCUUCAGGCGGACGAGGAGAGCUCGGCGUAUGUCCUGCAACCUUUUCAGAGCAAAAAGGGUGCUGCAGAGGCGUCCAAAGAUGAAGAGCUUGACUUCGAUCCGCAGGAUGUGCUAGCUGAGCAACGCAAGUUUGGCAUCUACUAUGAUGACGGGUACAACUACCUGCAGCAUCUCCGUGACCCUGAUGCGGAUGCCAUGGUGGAGCUUGAGGAGACGAUGACCGCCAAUAAGCACAAGCAUGAUCCUAUUCAGGUCUCGGAAAACCUUAAGCUGCCUGGCUCCGUGUUUCCCUCUGAGGCGGAGGAGGCUAUUGGCAUGCUGAACUUGGCAGCACCUCGACCAGGUCCUCGGUUGGAUAUGGAUCCUGACAUUGUGGAGACUCUGGACGAGGAUUUCGAAAGCUUUGUUGACGCUGAGAAUCCAGAUGAUUUUGAGGAUGACUUUGUGCUUCUUGCCAAUGGUGGCGAGGUGCCUGACCCGGAUGCGGUGCUUGAUGGAGAUGCAGCAGCAGAAGAUAACGAAGAUGAUUGGGAAGAUAUGGACACGGAUGAAGAAGAAGAUGGCGACGACGACGAUGAUGAUGAUGAGGAGGAGGGGAGUGAUGGCGAUUACGACCCAGACUCAGAUGCAAGAAGCGACGUUGCAGUCGGUGACGUGUACAACGAUGCAUAUCAUCGUAUGCAACUAGGCUUGGACGACGUUGAUGAUGGUCGCUCGCGGUUUUCAGGAUAUUCCGUCACGUCGGCAGUACUGCCGAGGAACGAAGGCCUCAAGCUUCUGGAUGCCAGAUUUGAAGAGGAGCUGAGGAGGUGGGACGAGGAUGAGUACGAACCCGGCACCCAUGCCCACACACUGCCUCCGGAGCGUGUCCAGCAGAUGCUAGAGGAGUUCAAAGAGAGCUGCUGUAACCGCCCGCAACUUGAAGCCCUGCUGACAUCGGAUUCGACAAAGGACACGGAGGAGUAUCGUCGCGCCAUGGCCGCCAUUAUUGAAAAGUUCCGGUUUGAGAAAUCCGACGGUGAAGAGGAACCAGAGGAGUUGGAGAUGGUGACUGUACGAGCCAAGCCACAGUUUGAUGUCAUGUCCAUUCGAAGUACUUCCACCGUGGGACGGCGGCGUAACAUGCCAGCCAUUAUUCCUAAUCCGGUAAAAGAGAAGAAGAAAGGCUCCCAGUCAGCACAGGCCGGAGGAAGUACCACUGAUGUUGCUGCGGCGGCUGCACCCACGCCGGUCGUUUUGGACAAGAAGACUGGACUGCCAGCAGGCAUACUACACGAGAAGCCCAAGAAAACGGUAGAGAUGGACGAGGACGUGGAAGCGCCGCCACCAUUGUGUUGUGAGCGGCGGAGAGACGAGACGCGGGAGGAGAAGAAGCUGCGCAAGCAGGCGACCAAAGAGCACCGACGGGAUCGGCGAGUGGAGAAAAAGGCCAACAAGCAGCACUUCGUACACAAGCACCAGGCCGAGUCUCUUGCAUCGAAGGCCGUGGAAGGGAUUCGAAUGUAACCAAAGCAUGUGCUGCUUCUUAACCCUGCCACAUACACACGUCCUAUGCAGGUUUGUACUCUGCUCCAUAUAUUCUUUGUACAUAGUGUACAUGGUUGCGUUGUUGUCCUUGUGUUGUCAUGAUGUUAUACUGUCUAUAGUUGUGAUGAAGUCUUUGUACAGCUGCUCUUUGGUGAUUUACCCCUGGUCAUCACCACACUCUCUCCUUGAAUCUCUGUCCUUUCUAUACUAUAGCUUUCGCAUUCCCUGUAUAUACCCCUGUAUAUUGCUUUAGAAAAUGUACAUACUGCUCAGCCAGCUCCAUGUACUUAGCUGCUUUUUGCAGAAUCUCUUCUGUUCCUAGUUUUGUGUGACUUUUUAACCCAUCGUCGGCCUGGAGCCAUACAAGUUAAUACUUACAGUACGUACCUUUCAAUAACCCGCUGAGUUGUAUGUGAAUGUUCGCCCGAUGUCAGUUGCUCUAUGGAUUAUCAGCAUGCAUGGACUGACUAUCAACAUGCUAUAUUCUGCAAGUACAGUUACCGUAUGUCAGCGCCUUUAAAGCCAUGGCC